AUGAUGUUACCAUAUAAUAAUUCAGCUGAUACAGAUAGAAAAAAUUUUAAAAAAAUUGAUCGUGAAGUUAAAUUUUGCCGACAUAUAUCAAAAUUAUUACAAAUUCAAUUUGCUCAAUAUUUAAAUAAUCUGUUAGAAUAUUCAAGUGAAUUAACUUAUUUUGCUAUAAAUGCAUUUCAAGCAUCAUCAUUACGACGUGUACAAAUAAAUAAACUGCAAGCUUUCAGUGGUUUUUGUGUACCACGUACAUGUGCUUUUUAUUACAAUCUCGAUACAGAUUUUGAUAAUUUUGUUCAAAAAAUGCGUCUUCUAUGUGCAUUAACUAAACAAACAUUUCGUGAUAUACGUAUUGCACGAAAUCAUUUUUCGGAUGCUAAAAUGAUGAAUUUACCAAUUGUACAUCGAUCAAUUGAUAUAUUUAAAUGUAAUAUUAAUCGAUUACGUGAUUUAAAACAAAUACAUCAAGAUAUUGGCAAUGGUCUAUUAUUACCUAAUGAUCAAUUAUAUUUAGCUCUUGAUUUACUUGUAACUGAUUUUGAAUUAUUAAGUUGUGAACUUGAUGCUGAAAUUAAAUUUACCGAUGCUAUGGUUUUACAAACAAUUAUUAAAGAUGUUUUUCUUCAAUAUCGCAUUGCUUUAACUUGGAUUUAUCCGGCUGUAAAAUAUUCAGCUUAUCGUCCAAGUGAUCCAAAUGCCCAACAAGAAAUUAAAAAAUGUGAUCAACCAAUUGGUAUUCAACAUAUAGGUGAUUAUUGUGAUAAAAAAAAGAAAUUAGUAAAAAAUUCAAGUACAAUAACUCAUGUUCAAUCAAUCGAACGUAUAACAAAUCCUAUACAUAAUAUUAAUCAAAAUUUUGCUACUGAUACAAUGAGUAAUUGUUCAUUAAAAUAUCAAAAAAAAAGAAGAAAAUGUUCUAGAAAAUUGCUUAAUACAACAGCAGCUAUAGAUGAUUUUAAUCGAUAUUUAAAUGAGAAAAAACUUCAUAAUAUAGGAAUUAUUAAUAUAAAAAAGUGUAAAUCAAAUAGAAUUACUUAUAAAUCAUUUGAAUUCAAUCCAAUUGUGAGUAUUUAA